CACCAUGCGCACGAGCCGUGGCACCCUGGUAGUUUCUCACCGGGAGACAAAACAUCUGUUAAAAGGAAACACGCAACUGGCGUCCUGCGAGUUUAAAACCAGACUUGUUGAGAGUGGCGAUUAAUUCCCCGCAGUGAAACUAAAGCCUCGCUUUUACGCACACGAGCAGCGCGCUGGAGGGCGACGGAGGAGCGACGCAGCCACUAUAAAAGCCUCAGGACGCGACCGGUGUCACCGGGAGAAGCCGCCGACGCAUCGCGGCGCACUUCAGCCCGGAGGCCGCUGAGUCCGACGCGCGUCAAUCACCUUUCCUUCCCCGUGAUCCAUUUAAGGAACCCGCCGUUCCUUAACUGCUCGCGCACGCUCUGCUCGGCUUCGAACGAUGGGGAUUCGUGCAUCCACAAGGGCGCGCUUUUAUUUGGGAAGUUAGCCGCGAAAGGGAGUGGACACCUGCCCUAAGUUGUUACUCAUCCUCCGCAGAAGCAUGCAGAGCAACGCCUCCGGACACGCGUGCGGAGGAGAGGAGGACGAGGACGAACUCUCCAAACUCAUCGGCGCCACAGGAGCAGCGUCUCAUCUCGCGGCUCUGAACCUGUCCCUGACCUGCUGGCUCCACAUCCUCUCCAAGGAGUCCUCGCUGGACCUGCACGCGGACAGCGCCAACUUGGCAGUGCGAGUCGUCAUCGCUCUGGUCUACCUGGCGGUCUGUGUUCUGGGGCUUGUGGGUAACCUCUUGGCACUGUUCCUGCUCCGCUCCCUCAACCGGGGUCACCACCCCUCCUCCAUCGACUGCUUCGUGAUGAGCCUGGCGCUGACCGACCUCCAGUUUGUCCUCACCUUGCCCUUCUGGGCCGUGGACACCGCGCUGGACUUCCGCUGGCCCUUCGGCCGGGUCAUGUGCAAGAUCGUGAGCUCGGUCACCACCCUGAACAUGUACGCCAGCGUCUUCUUCCUCACCGCCAUGAGCGUGACCCGCUACCACGCCCUGGUCACCUCUCUGAAGAUGGGCAGCCCUCGGGUGGCCACUGCUCGGGCCAAAUGGGCCAGUUUGACCAUUUGGCUGGUGUCACUGGUGGCAACGCUGCCUCACGCGUUCUACUCCACCACAGUCCAGGUGUCUACAGACGACGAGCUGUGCCUGGUGCGCUUCUCCGACUCCGACUCGGGCCACUGGGAUCCUCAAGUCCUGCUCGGACUCUAUCAGACACAAAAGGUCCUCCUGGGAUUCGUCGUCCCCUUAAUCGUCAUCUCCGCGUGCUACCUCCUGCUCCUGAGAUUCAUCCUGGGCCGGCGCGUCGUUGGCGCCGCGGCCAGCGGGAGUGACGCGGAGAUGUCGGAGUACGAGAGAGGACGCCACCGCCGGCGCUCCAAAGUCACCCGCUCUGUCACCAUCGUGGUUCUGUCCUUCUUCAUCUGCUGGCUGCCCAACCAGGCCCUCACCCUGUGGGGGGUGCUGAUCAAAUUUGACUUGGUGCCCUUCAGCAAGGCCUUCUACAACACCCAGGCGUACGCCUUCCCCCUGACCGUGUGCUUGGCUCACGCAAACAGCUGCCUCAACCCGGUGCUGUACUGCCUGAUCCGAAAGGAGUACCGAGCUGGACUGAAGGAGCUUCUGCUGAGAGUGUCCCGCUCCGUCCACAAUGUUCUCAGUAGGGGAGGCAGGCGGGCGGAGGAAGCCCCAGCCAGCCUGGGCAUGACGCACAAAGACAUCCACAUGUGAUUCACUAAAGAGGACAGAUUUUACAUUGGGGUGAAUGCAAUUUUUUUUCUCCCUUUGAAGAUAAUCACCAACCUCCGUGUUUGCAGGCUGAAAAAAAAUGAAGGUAUGCCAGGAUAUGCAUUCCCCAAAAUAGCAAGCUUUCUCUUUCUAAAGAAAAUCGUCCCUUAUGAGUCAACUUUAUGUGCCAUGAUUUAUUCGGUGGCGUUCUCUAAUCGUGUUCCCGUAUGACAGCUUCAUGCACUUUUAGUGAAACACACUGCAUCUCCCUGAGGACAAGUACUUUCCUGUUAAAGAUCAAACCCCCCAAUGAGCAGAGCGGGAUUCUUUUUACACUUCACAUUCUCAAAUGUCUCAUUCAUGCGUUUUCCCCUUUCAAAAGGGUUGACCCGCUUAAUAUUCACUUGUGCUGCUUUUUGCUCUCUCUAGCAUGAAACUGCCGCCCGCUGUCAUGUCUCCGGGUGUCCGCCCUGCUGUACCGCUGGAAAUUAGUUCUGUGAUUACUUGUGUGUAAAGUGACAUUAAAUAAAAUUGAGAGGUCAAAAGUUCA